CUUUACUGGAUGAUCGUGACGAUCCAGGAGAUCCAGCCGCGCCGGCCGGCUACAUAAUACAGCAACCAGCUAGCUGGGCCGCGACACGAACCAAGCGCCAUCCAACUUCUCCGCCUCCUCGCAAACACCCCCUGCCUGAUCGGCGCGACAUCACGUCACGACUCGUACGUACCUAGCCGGCGGCGCUAGCUAGCUAGCAAGCUACUCGCCAGCGAGGAUCGAUGGGCGAGGCCGGCGGCGCGGCGGGGGCGGUGCGGGUGCUCGCGGUGUCGCGCGUCGCGCCGGCGCCGGGGGCGGCCGGGAGCGGCGCCGCCGGCGAGGCGCGCGUGAAGCUGUCCUUCUUCGACACGGCGUGGGUCGUGCUGCCACCCAUCCAGCGGGUCUUCCUCUACGAGCUGCCCGGCGGCGACGAGGAGUUCCCCGCGGCGGUGAGGCGCCUCAAGGAAUCCCUCGCCGCCACGUUGGCCCUCUACCUGCCGCUCGCGGGGAAGCUCGCCUACGUCGCCGAGACCGGGGACGUCGUCGUGGACUGCGCCGGCGAUCCCGGGGUGGCCUUCGUCGAGGCCGAGGCGGCGGCGUCCGACGACGCCGGCGGCGUGCAUAUGGACGUGCGCCGGCUGGCGGGCGACGAGGCGCACGACAUCCCGGCGUUCCUGGCCCUGGUCCCGGGCCUCGACGCGCGGGAGCUCCCGGCGCCCGUGCUGUCCGUGCAGGCCACGCGCCUCCCCGGCGGCCACGGCCUCGCGCUCGGCCUCUCCGUGCACCACGCCGUCGCCGACGGCCAGGCCGUCUGGCGCUUCGUCAGCGCGUGGGCGGCCGCCGCGCGCGAGGGGUCGCCGGUCACCAAGGCACUUGGCCCGCCGCACUACGACCGGGCAGCCGUCCACGUCCCCAACGGCAACGAGUUCGCCCGCGAGAUGCUCAGGAAGAUCGCGCCUAAUCUCCCCGUGACCAACACGGCGAUGGACUACGACUUCAGCCGGCGCUUCCGGCUGGGCCGCCGCACCUUCUACCUCGCCGCCGACGACAUCCAGUCCCUGAAGAGCCGCGUCGACGCGGUCGCCGCGGCUGACGACCAGGCUGCCGCCGGCAACGACAGCGCCACCACGCCUGGCACCACCAGGAAAAAGCCGGUGUCGACGUUCGUGGCGCUGGCGGCGCUGGGCUGGUCGGCGUUCGUGCGCGCCAAGGGUCUCGCCGCGGGCGACGACACGUACCUGGUCUUCCUGGCGGACCUCCGCGCGCGGCUGGACCCGCCCGUGGGCGACGGCUACCUGGGCAACUGCAUCAAGGGGUGCCUGGCGACGGCCUACGCCGGGGACCUCGUCGGCGGCGACCGCGGGCUCGUCGGCGCGUGCCGGGCCAUCCAGGCGGCGGUGGCGGAGAUGGAGGCGGCGCCGCUGGCCGGCACGGAGCGGUGGAUCCAGAAGAUGAUGACGCUGCCGUUCCAGCGGCUGUGCAACGUGGCGGCGAGCCCGCGGUUCCGCGUGUACGAGGCGUCGGACUUCGGGUUCGGGCGGCCGGCGCGCGUGGAGCUGGUGUCCAUGAACAACGACGGGGAGAUGGUGCUCGUCGGCGGGAGGGCCGACGGCGAGGUGCAGGUGUCCGUGUCGCUGGACCCCGCGCGCAUGGAGGAGUUCAAGGCGCACGUCCUCGACCGCCGCUCCUCCUCCUCUCCGGCGCCGGCCGGCGAGCUGAACUGAAUGGAUCGAUGGAGGCGGAUCGACGACGUCAACCGUGCGUGCAAGCGACCGUACCAGUGUUUUCUCCGAUAAAUCGUUCUAUCUUUGCGUUGUAAUAAUCGUUUCGACAGACUGACAGACACGAUCAUGCCAAGAAGUAGCAGCAGUAUCAUGAUUCAUGAACA